AAUUUGUCUAUUGACAGAUUGCCUGACGUGUCUAUUUUUAACCUAACCUCAUACUAUUUUCAAGUGCUAAUCAUUUUUUAGGUGAAAGUUGAAUUUAUUUUCUUUGAAACUAUAAUGUUAAAACAUUUAUUAGUGUUAGUAGUUUUAGGGGUAAUUUGGGGUGCUAAAUCUCAAAGGGCGCCGCCCGGUGUAAACCCGCAACAUUAUCAACCCAACCAGCCACAGUAUCAGCAGCAAGGCCAAUAUCAGCAAGUUCCUCAACAGCAACAAUAUCAGCCACAGGUGCCCGUUCAACAACAAAUCCCCCAACAACAAGUCCCUCAACAACAGUAUCAACAGCAACAGGUUCCAGUACAACAAUAUCAACAAGCCCCUGUUCAACCACAACAAGUCCCUGUUCAACAACAACCACAAGGUGGUCAUGGUCACCACCAUGGAGGAGAUAGGCAAGUUUUCAACUCUGGAAACAUUGCUCAUGAGAGAGAACACAUUCAAGAACACAUGGAAGUUCCAAUAGAUACUAGCAAAAUGACAGAUCAAGAACUGCAAUUUCACUACUUCAAAAUGCACGAUGCCGACAAUAACAACAAAUUGGAUGGUUGCGAGUUGAUCAAAUCCUUAAUUCAUUGGCACGAACAGGGUAGCAAAGAAAAGCAGGGCACCAUAGAAGAGAAAAUUUUCAAAGAUGAAGAACUAGUCAACUUGAUUGAUCCCAUUUUAAACGUUGACGAUGGUAAUAGGGAUGGAUACAUCGAUUAUCCGGAAUUUAUUAGGGCGCAACAAAAGGCUGCAGGAUCCAAAGAAAAAACUCAGCCACAACACUGAUCGCGGUGAAAAAAAGCAACACGUUCAAGAAAUGGAAAAUUGGUCAGACGAAUCACUCGAAAACACUGUUAACGAAUUGUUGGGACAUUAUGAUCAUAAUUUUGAUGGUUUUAUUAGUUGGGUGGAAUUUUCACAAAAAGUCUUUAGUGAUAAUAAACAGUAAUUUGUUUUUUUUCUUCAAAUAUUUCCCUGAAGCCUAGUUUUAAGUUUGGGCUUACAAAUUUAAUGUAGGAUAAUUUUGAGAUUUCUUUUACAUUCCAAGUGGACUUUCUCAAAUAAUUGACACAAAUGCGAAAUUUUUGUCAUUAAUUUUAAAUCAAAAUCAGCUAAUGAUAACUAGUUUUUACAAAGUCAGAACUGAUUGAUGUAUAUAAUUAUUAAUUGUUUAAAUAAUUUUCGUCCAUUUAUUACUAUAGAACAUAUUUAGAACUAUUACUGGCUCUUGAUUGGUUACAUACUUCUACCUGAAACAUUCAAGAACCAAUAAUAGGCCAAAUUUUGAUUAUCGUCAACUUUUAUGUAUUUUUGAAUAGUUCUCAAUAGCCAGAAUUAUUUUCAUUGGCUCUCGAUUGCUUUGAGAAAAAUUAUCCAAAGAUCAAGAGCCUGUAAGAAUCAAAAUUCAAACUAUUACUGGCUCUUGAUUGACUAGAUAUUUCUACCAGAACCAUAAUAGGCCAAAUUUUGGAUAUUGUCAAUCCAAAGAUCAACAGCCUGUAAGAAUCAAAAUUUGAACUACAUAUUUCUGGCUCUUGAUUCGAUCAUAAGUUUAAAUCCUAUUGAAAAUAGAUUUUUAUUGAAAAUAAGUCCUAUGUAUUUUUUUUUUUAUUUAAAAAAUUGGGUUGUGAAAUGGGUAAUGCAAUUAUUGUUUUUUCUUGUUGUAAAUAUUUGUGUGCUAAACAAAUAAAAUUAUUUUUUACUUUAA